CAACUUCAAACAUAUUAGCGCUAAAAUCACUUAUACAAAAACCCCAUUUCCCCCUCUUCACUAUUUACCACCAUUUCUCUCGAUUCACAGCAGAGAGAAAACGAGAGUUCGAGUUAGGGUUUUUAUUUAUUUAAUUUGUGUAAUAGCAAGAGGAGAUGACGAAAUCAGUGAGUCCAGAUGCGAUAUCGGUUAUCAUGUCGAAUCCUAGUCCAGAUUCCUCUACUGUUCUUCCGGAAAUCGUUCUUCAAAUACUCGAUCUCAAGCCAGCUGGCAACAGAUACACGUUUAAUGUGAAUGAUGGGAAGAGGAAGUUGAAGGCUAUUUUGCAAGCAAGUUUGUCAUCUGAAGUAAUCAAUGGAAACAUUCAAAAUUUGGGUCUCAUUCGUGUUAUUGAUUACACUCUUAAUGACAUCCCAAACAAGAAUGAAAAGUUCUUGAUUGUGAUAAAAUGUGAAGCGGUUUCGCCUGCGUUGGAGGCAGAGUUUAAGGUGGAGGUGAAGACUGAAGGUGCAGGCAUUUUGUUGAAGCCAAAGCAAGAAGUUGUUACUAAAUCAGCUGCUCAAAUUAUCUAUGAACAGAACAGAAACAUGGCACCCACUGCACGGACUUCUAUGACUAGACGGGUUCACCCGUUGGCUUCCUUAAACCCGUAUCAAGGAAACUGGACGAUUAAAGUUCGGCUCACAUCCAAAGGAAACAUGCGCCAUUACAAGAAUGCACGAGGCCAAGGUUGUGUCUUCAAUGUAGAAUUAACCGAUGAAGACGGUACUCAAAUUCAAGCAACCAUGUUCAACGAGGCUGCAAGGAAGUUUUUCGAUGUGUUUGAAAUGGGAAAAGUUUAUUACAUAUCCAAAGGGACUUUAAAGGUUGCUAACAAGCAAUUCAAGACCGUACAAAACGAUUAUGAAAUGACUCUGAACGAAAAUUCUCAAGUGGAAGAAGCAGUCAACGAAGCAGCCUUUAUCCCCGAAACCAAGUUCAACUUUGUCCCGAUUGAUCAGUUGGGACCAUACGUCAAUCAGAAGGAGCUUAUUGAUGUCAUUGGUGUGGUCCAAAGUGUAUCGCCAACCAUGAGCAUUAGAAGAAAAAUCGAUAACGAGUCCAUCCCAAAACGUGACAUAACUAUUGCAGACGACACGAAGAAAACUGUAGUUGUAUCUUUGUGGAACGUUCUCGCCACUGAUCUUGGUCAAAAACUAUUAGACAUGGCCGAUGAGUCGCCUGUAGUUGCAAUCAAAUCUUUACGCGUAUCUGAUUUCCAAGGGGUAUCUUUGUCAACGGUGAACAAAAGUAUCAUAGAAGUUAAUCCCAAUUCUCCUGAUUCCGAAAAACUAAAAUCAUGGUUUCAAUCCGAAGGCAAAGAAACCAACAUGGAAUCUAUCGGUUUGAAUUUGAGCCCUUCAAUGAAAAAUGGCGGUAGAUCAAUGUACGCCGAUCGUGUGACACUGAACCAAAUCACCAGCAACUCAUCUUUGGGUGAAGAAAAGCCUGUGUGGUACAGUAUACGCGCUUGUAUGAGUAUGAUUAGAUCCGAUCAAGCCAUGUAUUAUCAAGCUUGCAAAACAUGUUACAAAAAGGUUACUGAAGAUGUUGGUUCUGGUUACUGGUGUCAAGCGUGCCAGAAGAACGAAAGCGACUGCAGUUUGAGGUAUAUAUUGUCUGCAAAGUUUUCUGAUGCAAGUGGUGGAGCUUGGUUAUCUGUUUUCAGUGAUGAAGCUGAGAAACUAAUCGGUUGCUCUGCUACCGAACUACAUAAUUUGAAGUCACAGGAUGAUGGAAGCGAAUACGAAACUCAACUUAAAAAGGCGACGUGGGUCCCAUAUCUUUUCCGGGUGAUGGUUGCACAAAAAGAGUACAACAACGAGAAAAAACAAAGGAUUACAGUCAAGUCUAUUGCUCACGUUGAUUUUGCAGCUGAAUCUAAGUUUUUGCUGGAAGAGAUAUCUACAAUGAAAGCUUAAAACAUUGUCACAGUUGUUUGGUUUCGUGACAAUGGUUAUACGCCAUCUUUAGUAGGAUGAUUAUAGUUAGGUUAGUUUGUUUAUUUUGGUCUUUGUGCAUUGUGCUUUUGAAUGUUAAAUUUGGUUUAUUGCUUUAAGUAUAUGAAUAAUGAUGAGUAAAUUUAAAUCAGAAA